CAGAACAAAGACUACUACUCUCCACCAGUAUGCCUUGUGUACCCAAUGGUAAGGAAGAUCAAAUGCAGAUAUCUCUUCCUCUCAACCCAUGGUUGUCAAUUUAUUGUCUAUCAACUUCCAACAACUGUAUAUCACUCCCCAUUCCUACCUAUAUUUGGCACAUCUUCAAGGUCACAACUCAAUCAACUCCUUUUGAACGAUACAUUCCGUCGUGCCCCAUCAUUCGUCGUAUUCACUUUCUCAGCAUCUAGACAUAAGAGUCGGCUCGCGACCAUUGUCAGCACUUGGAGUUUCGGUCACGGCUGGCUUCAAAUCCCACAGAUCGGAAAAGGGCAUGACCUGCAACCUCAGAUUCAGCAAAAGCACGGUUGAUUGGUCACCAGUCACUUAAAACUCGCCCUCCUUCGAAUAUAUGUCAUUGAGUUGAAACGUUUCGUGCGCCACAAUAAACCUCAAUCUGUCGAGGCCCCCGCCUACCACGGGCCAUAUCAAGUCUGCAAACCCCAGGUGUUCGUAACUCCGCACAGGUCCUGUUGCAACAGCAGCAGACACCUCGGCUGUGGGUAUCAAGACUGGACCAGCUUGAAUGAGGCUCGACAGCAUCGGCCCUAGGACUUGUGAUAUUGCGCCUAGACGAAAGGUAACAGCCGUCUAAAUGGGCCGCUUUCAAUGGAUUCAAGGACAUACGAAACACGGCGGUGACAAGUUGCACGCCGUUGCACAUGAUUUGUUCUCCAAGGACAACGUCGAGCCGUCACGACAAGCAUUGACAGAUAUGAUGAAAGAACAUAGCGGCGUUGAAACGGGCCCCAGCGAUGGCUUCCCAAGACACCAUGGAAGAUCACGGACCAACACGGUGACUUCUGCCGGUUCUCAAUAUACUCGAUCGAUCUCCGAUGGCUCUAAUCAUGAGUACACCUCUCGACCCUCGUCAAGACAGAGUUAUGCCGAAGGCAACCUGCCACUGUCAGAUCGUUAUGAGAACAAUGCCAAAGGGUUACUGUCUCGGGGCACUCGUAUAUUGAAACGACAGGGAAGCAAGCUCAAUUUACUAUCCUCGCCAGUGGAAGAAAAGUCACCGGAACGCGGCGGGGGAAGGAUGGGAGAUGGGUCUCCAGUCAAGUCGCUGCAACGACAACUUACCAACGGCUCAAAGCGUACUGGGUUGAAACGUAGCAUCUCCGGUCCCUUCGCUUUCCAACACCUAAGCCAUGGCGACCAAGCCCAAUUUCAGAACAUCGAUACUGUUGCUAGGUCAGACCUGACUUCCGAGUACCAAGCUAUUCAAGCAGACCAGCAGCCCGAAGACCAUGUCCGCGGAAUACCUAUCACGGAAUUACCGACGAACAAAGUCGAACUAUCCGUUCAGCCUGGUUCUGAUGAACCAACCUCACCGACUACCGCUGCUAUUCCGUAUCUCCCUACCACACCCCCUCGACCAGAGCCUCCGCCAAAGGAGAAUCUCUUGUUGCCUUAUAGUCCCUCCGACGUUCGAAUGUCACGGUCGAUGGAGAAUUUCUCCCGCCCUACCAGAUUGUCCGUCACAUCGAGUGAUGCAUCUCCGACCUCUCAGCUGUCCCAAAGAUUGUCAGCUCUGAGCCCCGUUAACCGUCAAAGCCUGCUCGGAAAGCCUCUUCCCAUCCUGCCAGACGUCGUCCAUGCUGUGUCUACGAGAGAUGACAUCGCUCUGCCACUCCGCACUGCGCCUCUCCCGAGCCCUCCAACAACGAGGAUGGAGAUCGUCUUGGAGGAGGAUAAGGUGGAGCUGCCGGAGAUCCCGACAAGCCUGUCUUGCAACGAUUUGUCUACUAUAGCAGCACGAUACAAGAGGCGCAGUCAAUCGUCAGGCGAGCUACAACUGCAAGCCGCAUAUUACAAUAUGACAUCGACAAUGACAAAUGUGGAGGCAGCUCUAGAUGAACCCGUGGAGCAUCUCAACGAUCAACCAUCGACAGCCAAAGUGGACCUCACGACUGAUCCUGUUGAGCUUCAGGAUUGGGAGGAUGCCAUCGACUACUCCUGGGAUGUCGCCUCUGAUGAGGAUAAGAGUGACUCAGAUGCAACUCUAGAGAAGCCCCAGGAGCGAAGCAUCCCGCAAGAGAACUAUCUGGUCGUCGAACAAUCUGCAACUGAUGAGGCUUGCUCAUCUGCCUCUACUCCUCUCAUGAUGCAGCUGCCAAGGACGACAUAUCGACCUGAGGGACCGGCUCAGGGAAAGGGUCGGUCAUCGGAUGAGGAAGAAGAACCAGGCUCACCUCUACUGGGACUUGGCCUUGGUUCUCUCCAACCAGUCUUGAAUGUCUCGAUUGAACAGGCGGAAUCUACCGCCAUUCCACAACAUUGUGAAUCUCAAAAUCCACCUCGAGUUGAACGGCCUCACAUCCUACCAAGCCCUUUCUCUUCCAUCAGCAAAUCAAGCUCCCAAGAGAGCAUUAUUUUUUCGAUAGCAUCUUCAAUUGCCGGAACACAGAGGUCAUCUCAUUCCAGCACCUCUCUAUCUGAUUUCGCUCAUUUGGCGAAUUUUGGCGAGUCAAAAGAAAGCCUCAGACUCGACCUACAAGAUGUCACCAGUUACGCUGAACAUCACAACCGGGAAGGAAGCCAGGAGACCAUACGUGAGGAUGAUGAAGGUGAACAAACUAGAGCCAGUGACGCAAGAUGCGGCUUGCCUAACACCCCGACCACUUCAUCAGUCCUCAGACACGAUCGUGGCGCAUCAGCACCUUCCAUUCCAAUUCCUGAGAGAAAGUCCUCAAUGCCCACCGGCGAUUCGCCAAAGACGAACUCACGCAGACGGGCUGGUACAACCAAUUCUCGACCUCGGCGCAACACCCGUGUGUCUUAUUCUCUUUUUCCUACAACUCCUACACCAUAAGUCAUUUGCCGAGCCAAAUGGCUCUGUACUAUUCAACAGGAGCACGUAUCUCACGCGGCUGGACACCUCCUGUUUUUCUUCUUCUAUCACUUUUGGCUUCACGAUUAAUGAAUAUGGUUUGUGGAUUUACUCUUUGACAUUAUGUCUUAUGAUUCAUUAUGAUAUCCGUUUUGUUUAAGGACGAAUUUACUACUUGGGGGCUUGGUGAGGAUUGUUGGAAUCAGGCAGGGGCUCGGAGGACAAAAAGGCUGGGGAUUUCUCAAAAAGUUAUGAUUCUCUUUUUCAGUCUGGGUUCGGAGUGAGCGUAUUUGUGAUUCUGGCUCGCACCUUUUCGCUGCUAUCGGACUGGUGGCCUCGAAAUUCAGGAAUUAUCACCCAAAAGGGUGAAGUCGCGGUGUUUUGGAGAAAAAUGCUCAACGAGCGGUGUGAUGGACUCGGGUGGAUGCAACUUUUGGUAGCGUGCAUGGAUCGGCUCACACGAUGCCUUCUUCAAUACAAGGGGAUAUAGUCCGUAUGCAGACUCAGUGAGCCCUUGUGGUACUUAGUGCAAGUACCUCUUCAGUCGAGGUCGACUGCUUGCUAUAGCACAUAAAAUCAUUGAAAAUCAUU